AUGGAAAAGAUAGAUGUACCAGAUUCAUGGGAUGAUGAUUCAGAACAGACGACAAAAUACUAUGAAUCGGCACCAACCAAAUCUGUGGGAACAGUUGCGGUGUCACCUGCUUUGUCAUCCCCAACUUUAUCUUCUUCAUCUUCAUCAUCUGCAAUUAAAGAUGAGCUAUUAAGACUUAAACAACAACAACAACAACAACAACAACAACAACAACAACAACAACAACAACAACAACAAAAAGAAGAGGAAGAGAAAAAGAAAACAACACCAAUUCAAGGUGCAACUAUAUUUGUAGAUAAAAGUAAAAAGGUUAUUAGUUUUAAAGAAUUGGAACAAUUAAAGAAACAACAACCUAAUAAUAAUAAUAAUAAUAUUGAUAAUAAUGAAAAGAAGGAUAAAUCAACUACAUCAACAUCUAUAUCAACAUCAUCUGUUACACCAUUACAACAAUCAAUAGUAAUGAAAAAUACACAAGCUAAUGUUGAAGAGGAAGAAGAGGAACCAUUGGUAUUGGUUAAUUUCACAAAACUGACAAAUGGAUUAAUACAUUUAAAGAAUGGUCAUAUAGAGGCAAAAGAUACAUUUGAUAUGAUUGUCAAGGCAAUGAGAGAUGAAACAACGUUUAAAAGAAUAACUGGUGGUCUCUUUGCACAAGAUUUGGCAUUUCACACCACUUCAAAGAUGUGGAGCAAUGACAUUAAGAAUAUCGAAAAGUCAUUCCCGCCAACCGAUUUUAUCACCACUGUAUCGUAUCCAGUGACACUUGAUGGUUACUUGGUCGAUGAAAUGUGGAAAAAGAUAAAGGAAAGAACAGAGUCCAAGGCUGUCAACAUUCUCAAAUGUGUCUAUUUGGCAAAGAGUAAUCAUGACCUCGUCUAUAAACACAACAUGGCAUUGGCAAUUGAGUUUAUGGCAAUCGAACAACAACUGUUGGGCUCAACCGCCAAACUAUUGCUCAACGAGGAGUUACAAGACGACCAAAAACGAAUGGAUGAAUUUGAAAAGAGAAUGCAAAAGAAAUAUGAAACUGAAAUCAAUCGUGACAUUAUUCUUAAAUUACAACAAUCAAUUAAAGAAUUGGAGGGUCUUGAAAUUGGUUUUGAAAAGAAAAAGGAAGAAGAAAAUGAAAAUGAUGAUGGUCAAGAACAAUAUAAUGGAGAAGAAGAUGAUGGUGAAUAUAAUGAUGAAUAUAAUGAAGAAGAUGGAGAUCAUCAAGAAGAAGAAUACGAUGAAGAAAAUGGUGAUAAUGAUCAACAACAAUAUAAUGGUGAAGAUGGUGAAUAUAAUGGUGAAGACGGUGAAUAUAAUGAAGAGGAAGGAGAUUAUCCAGAAGACGAAGAAUAUGAUGAAGAUUAUGACGGAGAAUAUAAUGAAGAAGAUGGUGAAGAAGAAUAUUAUGAUGAAGAAGAACCAGAACCAACAUUGGCAGAUUUAAAGGUACAACCAUUAAAUUAUGAAUACAAAAAGAAAAAGGAAUUGUUGAAAUUAGAGACUGUCAGUAAUAGUACUUUUAGUGAUGGACCAAGUGAAGAAUAUUUAGAUGAAGCAGAUAAUGAAGAUGAAGAAGAAACAAGUGGAUGGAAACAACCAACAGAUAUACAAGAAAUUAGACCAUUUGGUUAUAUCACAGAUUCAUCAAAUUAUAAUUAUGAUGAAGAGGAAGAAGACUAUGGUGGUUCAAGAUCAUUGACUGGUGGUGGCGGCGGUAUUUCACUUGGAGGAUUAGGAUUUUUCAAUUUAAAUAAGCGUCAAGAACAAGAGGACUUGGAAAUAUUGGAAAAAGAGAUAAAGGAAUUGGAAGAGGAAACAAGAGUGGUUAGAGAAUUGGAAGAAAAAGAGAAACAAAAGAAACAAGAUGAAGAGGAAAAGAAGAAACGUCAACAAGAUGAUAGUGACGACGAAAAACCACCAGAACCAGCCAUGAAUGUAUUGGACAAGGUGAUUGCAAUGAUUUUCAGUCGUCUAACAAUACCAACCUCUGAAACUGAGAAACAAUCUCAUUAUCAAUCACUUCAUCGUAUUACAAAGUCAAUCAAAGAGAAUUGGGUUGAAGAAUAUGGAUGUCUACCUCCAACCUGUAUUUGGCGUGAAGGUAUGCAAGACUAA